GCCAGCGGUGAAGUAUCCAGGGGAAGCGGAACCGCUGCAGUAGCUCUACGCAACCAAUAACAGUCUAAAACAGAUAAACCUAUCAACUUCCCACGAGCACCGCUAACAUGCACGGGGCUCCGACAGGGGAUAGCGCAUGUCCGCUCCGUACAAUCAAGCGGGUCCAGUUCGGAGUGCUGGGCCCGGACGAAUUGAAACGCAUGUCAGUCACAGAAGGUGGUAUUAAAUACUCAGAGACCACAGAAGGAGGACGUCCCAAGCUGGGGGGAUUAAUGGAUCCUCGUCAGGGAGUGGUUGAGAGGACAGGACGAUGCCAGACUUGUGCAGGUAACAUGACUGAAUGUCCUGGGCAUUUUGGACACAUUGAGCUGGCAAAACCAGUAUUCCACGUUGGCUUCCUGGUGAAGACUAUGAAAGUUUUACGAUGUGUCUGCUUCUUCUGCUCCAAGCUUCUGGUGGAUGCUAACAAUCCCAAAAUUAAAGACAUUCUGGUGAAAUCAAAGGGGCAACCCAAGAAGCGUUUGACACAUGUUUAUGAGCUUUGCAAAGGGAAGAACAUCUGUGAAGGAGGAGAGGAGAUGGACAACAAAUUUGGAAUGGAGCAACCAGAGGGGGAUGAAGAUAUUCAGAAAGAGAAGGGACAUGGUGGAUGUGGUCGGUACCAGCCACGAAUUCGGCGUACAGGGUUGGAGUUGUAUGCAGAAUGGAAACACGUAAAUGAGGAUUCACAGGAGAAAAAGAUCUUGCUGAGCCCUGAAAGGGUGCAUGAGAUCUUCAAGCGCAUCACAGACGAGGAGUGUUUUAUCUUGGGAAUGGAACCACGAUUUGCUCGUCCAGAGUGGCUGAUUGUUACUGUUCUUCCAGUACCACCUUUGUCUGUGCGGCCAGCUGUAGUAAUGCAGGGAUCUGCUAGAAACCAGGAUGACUUGACACAUAAGUUGGCUGACAUUGUAAAGAUCAAUAACCAACUGAGACGAAAUGAGCAAAAUGGAGCAGCUGCUCACGUGAUUGCAGAGGAUGUCAAACUUCUACAGUUCCAUGUUGCAACAAUGGUUGAUAAUGAAUUGCCUGGAUUACCUAGGGCAAUGCAAAAAUCUGGACGUCCAUUAAAGUCUUUAAAGCAGAGAUUAAAGGGCAAGGAAGGUAGAGUUCGAGGGAAUCUUAUGGGGAAACGUGUCGACUUCUCUGCUCGAACUGUCAUCACCCCUGACCCAAACCUUUCCAUUGAUCAAGUUGGGGUACCUCGAUCCAUUGCUGCAAAUAUGACCUUUCCAGAGAUUGUUACACCUUUCAACAUAGACAGGCUUCAGGAGUUGGUACGCAGAGGAAACAGUCAGUAUCCAGGAGCCAAAUACAUUAUUCGUGAUAAUGGUGAUCGCAUUGACUUGCGGUUCCACCCAAAACCCAGUGACUUACAUUUACAGAUUGGUUACAAGGUAGAGAGACACAUGUGUGACGGGGACAUUGUAAUCUUCAACAGACAGCCCACGCUGCACAAAAUGUCUAUGAUGGGGCAUAGAGUUCGCAUACUUCCUUGGUCCACCUUUCGACUUAACCUAAGUGUGACCACUCCAUACAACGCUGACUUUGAUGGGGAUGAAAUGAAUCUUCAUCUUCCACAAUCUCUAGAGACUCGAGCUGAAAUUCAGGAGCUUGCUAUGGUACCUCGUAUGAUUGUCACUCCCCAGUCCAACCGUCCUGUCAUGGGUAUUGUGCAGGACUCGCUGACUGCUGUGCGUAAAUUUACCAAGAGAGACGUUUUCAUAGAAAGGGGUGAAGUGAUGAACUUGCUCAUGUUCCUUUCUACCUGGGAUGGCAAGGUUCCUCAGCCAGCUAUUCUAAAACCACGUCCUCUCUGGACUGGUAAACAGAUAUUUUCUCUUAUUAUCCCAGGACACAUAAACUGUAUUCGAACACACAGCACCCACCCAGACGAUGAAGACAGCGGACCUUACAAACACAUUUCUCCUGGAGACACUAAGGUUAUUGUGGAGAAUGGGGAGUUGAUUAUGGGAAUCCUGUGUAAAAAGUCUCUGGGGACCUCAGCUGGAUCGUUGGUCCAUAUUUCAUACCUUGAGAUGGGGCAUGAUACUACACGUUUAUUCUAUUCGAACAUCCAGACUGUCAUCAACACUUGGCUGCUUAUUGAGGGUCAUACCAUUGGUAUAGGAGAUUCCAUUGCUGAUGCUAAAACAUAUCAAGAUAUUCAGAACACCAUUAAGAAAGCCAAGCAAGAUGUGAUAGAGGUCAUAGAAAAGGCUCAUAACAAUGAGUUGGAGCCAACCCCUGGUAACACCUUGCGUCAGACUUUCGAGAAUCAAGUGAACAGAAUCUUGAAUGAUGCCAGAGAUAAAACUGGCUCUUCUGCUCAGAAAUCACUGUCUGAAUAUAACAACUUCAAGUCCAUGGUGGUAUCAGGAGCCAAGGGCUCAAAAAUCAACAUCUCACAGGUUAUUGCCGUGGUAGGUCAGCAGAACGUAGAAGGAAAACGAAUUCCAUUUGGGUUCAAGCACCGGACUUUGCCCCAUUUCAUCAAGGAUGAUUAUGGUCCUGAGAGUAGAGGCUUUGUGGAAAACUCGUACCUUGCCGGUCUUACACCAACAGAGUUCUUUUUCCAUGCUAUGGGUGGAAGAGAAGGUCUCAUUGAUACAGCUGUGAAAACUGCUGAAACUGGCUACAUCCAGAGACGUUUGAUCAAGUCUAUGGAGUCAGUGAUGGUUAAAUAUGAUGCCACAGUGCGAAAUUCCAUUAACCAAGUAGUACAGCUGAGAUACGGUGAGGAUGGUCUGGCUGGAGAAGGAGUAGAAUUCCAGAACUUAGCAACUUUGAAACCCUCCAACAAAGCUUUUGAAAAAAAGUUUAAAUUUGAUUACGCAAAUGAGCGUGCUUUGCGGAGAACUCUUCAGGAGGAGGUGGUGAAAGAAAUUCUUAGCAAUGCACAUAUCCAGAAUGAACUGGAAAGGGAAUUUGAGAAGAUGAAGGACGACAGGGAAGUUCUAAGAGUCAUCUUUCCCACUGGAGACAGCAAGGUGGUACUUCCCUGCAAUCUUAUGAGGAUGAUCUGGAAUGCCCAAAAGAUUUUCCAUAUUAACACAAGGAUGCCUACAGACCUGCACCCUAUUAAAGUGGUAGAGGGGACCCAGGAACUAAGCAAGAAAUUGGUUAUUGUAAAUGGAGAUGAUCCUCUUAGCCGACAGGCGCAGGAAAAUGCCACCUUAUUAUUCAAUAUCCACCUGCGCUCUACACUUUGCAGUCGGAGAAUGGUAGAGGAGUUUAGACUGAGUGGAGAGGCAUUUGACUGGCUCCUUGGAGAAAUUGAGUCCAAGUUCAACCAGGCCAUUGCUCAUCCUGGUGAAAUGGUGGGUGCGCUGGCUGCUCAGUCUCUAGGAGAGCCUGCCACUCAGAUGACUCUCAACACUUUCCAUUAUGCUGGUGUGUCAGCUAAGAAUGUGACACUUGGUGUCCCUCGUCUAAAAGAGUUGAUUAACAUUUCCAAGAAGCCAAAGACCCCCUCACUGACUGUUUUCCUUUUGGGGCAAUCUGCCAGAGAUGCAGAGAGAGCUAAGGAUAUCCUUUGCCGCUUGGAACACACAACACUGCGCAAAGUGACAGCAAACACUGCCAUUUAUUAUGACCCUAACCCUCAGAACACUGUUGUGUCAGAAGACCAGGAGUGGGUGAAUGUGUACUAUGAGAUGCCAGACUUUGAUGUAACUCGAAUUUCCCCUUGGCUUCUCCGUGUGGAGCUCGAUCGUAAACACAUGACUGAUAGGAAGCUAACUAUGGAACAGAUAGCCGAAAAGAUCAAUGCAGGUUUUGGCGAUGAUUUGAAUUGCAUAUUUAACGAUGAUAAUGCAGAAAAACUGGUUUUGAGAAUCCGCAUCAUGAACAGUGAAGAGAACAAAAUGCAGGAGGAAGAGGAAGUGGUGGAUAAAAUGGAUGAUGAUGUUUUUCUGCGCUGCAUUGAAUCCAACAUGCUGACAGAUAUGACACUACAGGGGAUUGAGCAGAUCAGCAAGGUGUACAUGCAUCUGCCACAGACUGACAAUAAGAAGAAAAUUAUUAUUACUGAUGAAGGAGAGUUCAAGGCGCUGCAAGAGUGGAUUCUUGAGACAGAUGGUGUCAGCUUAAUGCGAGUGUUGAGUGAAAAAGAUGUGGAUCCAGUGAGAACUACAUCGAACGAUAUUGUGGAAAUAUUUACAGUCCUUGGUAUUGAAGCUGUGAGAAAAGCCCUGGAGAGAGAACUGUACCACGUGAUAUCAUUUGAUGGUUCCUAUGUAAACUAUCGUCACUUGGCACUUCUGUGUGACACCAUGACUUGCAGAGGACAUUUAAUGGCCAUCACACGUCACGGUGUGAACAGACAAGACACAGGACCACUUAUGAAGUGUUCUUUUGAAGAAACGGUUGAUGUGUUGAUGGAAGCUGCUGCUCAUGGUGAGUCUGAUCCCAUGAAGGGUGUGUCUGAGAACAUCAUGUUGGGCCAACUAGCUCCGGCUGGCACUGGAUGCUUUGACUUACUGUUGGAUGCAGAAAAAUGUAAAUUUGGAAUGGAGAUUCCAACGAACAUUCCAGGCCUGGGAGCAGCAGGACCAACUGGCAUGUUUUUUGGUACUGCACCAAGCCCAAUGGGUGGUAUGUCUCCUGCAAUGACCCCAUGGAAUCAAGGAGCUACCCCAGCUUAUGGAGCCUGGUCCCCUAGCAUUGGCAGCGGGAUGACCCCUGGGGCUGCAGGAUUCUCUCCCAGUGCAGCUUCAGAUGCUAGUGGCUUCAGUCCAGGAUAUUCUCCUGCAUGGUCUCCAACCCCAGGAUCUCCUGGAUCACCAGGCCCCUCAAGUCCAUAUAUUCCAUCACCAGGUGGUGCAAUGUCACCAAGUUACUCCCCUACAUCUCCUGCUUAUGAGCCUCGAAGCCCUGGUGGAUACACCCCUCAAAGUCCCAGCUACUCCCCUACCUCUCCAUCAUACAGCCCUACUUCACCUUCCUACUCUCCAACCAGUCCUAAUUAUAGCCCAACCUCUCCAAGCUACAGUCCCACUUCUCCUAGCUACAGCCCAACAUCUCCAAGCUACAGUCCCACCUCUCCAAGUUACUCGCCCACAUCCCCCUCUUAUUCUCCUACAAGUCCCAGCUACUCUCCAACGUCUCCAAGUUACAGCCCUACCAGUCCCAGUUACUCCCCAACAUCCCCAAGCUAUUCUCCCACUUCUCCCAGUUACAGCCCAACAUCGCCCAGUUAUUCACCCACAUCACCCAGCUACUCUCCCACCAGCCCCAGUUAUUCACCCACAUCACCCAGCUAUUCCCCAACAUCUCCUUCAUAUAGCCCUACGUCUCCCUCAUACUCUCCAACAUCUCCAAAUUACUCUCCAACAUCCCCCAAUUACACCCCAACCUCUCCCAGUUAUUCGCCCACAUCUCCCAGUUACAGUCCUACUAGCCCCAGCUAUUCGCCUACAUCUCCCAAUUACAGUCCUACCAGCCCCAGUUAUUCGCCCACAUCACCCAGCUAUUCACCUUCCAGUCCUCGUUACACACCACAAUCUCCAAGCUACACUCCCAGCUCGCCAAGUUACAGCCCAAGUUCACCCAGUUACUCCCCAACAAGCCCCAAAUAUACUCCUACCAGCCCUUCAUACAGUCCGAGCUCUCCAGAAUAUACACCAACCUCACCCAAGUACUCUCCAACCUCACCCAAAUAUUCUCCAACAUCACCGAAAUAUACCCCAACUUCUCCAACUUAUUCUCCAACAACUCCAAAAUAUUCACCAACUUCUCCAACAUAUUCUCCAACGUCUCCAAUUUACACCCCAACCUCACCCAAGUACUCUCCUACUUCCCCAACAUAUUCUCCUACCUCCCCUAAAUAUUCUCCAACCUCACCAACCUACUCCCCCACCAGCCCCAAAGGAUCCACCUACUCACCAACCUCUCCUGGAUACAGCCCAACAUCACCUACCUACAGCCUCACAAGCCCAGCCAUCAGUCCAGACGACAGUGAUGAUGAAAACUGAGCAAGAAAGUGAGCUACAAGGCAAAAGGAUCAUAUUUUGGAAAUCUGCUUAUGUACCUACAAAGACUAUGCGGUGCAAUUAUCCAACACUAUGCAGAUUAAGACCUCCAGCCUGAGAUUGUAUAUAUUCUGAUGCUGCUUGCCUACAAUCCUUUCUUGGACUCUUGUAUUUAUACCACCUCCUCUUUGGUUGGGGGUCUGACUUUGAGAUCGCACUAUAACUCAGCAUAUUUUAAGACUUGGAGACUGGUCUCCUUGACCAACAAAAAAAAUAACAAAACUUUAAAAUGAUUCUGGUAUACAGCAGGUUUUAUCCUGUAGUUGAUCUAAAUCAUAAAUACCUGUUUUCAUAGAUUGUUUGCUCUAGAACCUAUUUGCACCUGAAAUAAUUUGCUUCCGCAGUUAUACUAAGAUGGCUUUUUAUUGCUUAGGGUAUAUAAGCUCUAAAAUGAUGGAACAAUUUUCCAUUUGUUUGAGCAUUGACUUUUAUCCUGAGGUGCACCACAAGACUUGGGUGCAUCACCACUAAAGAGGACCAUCAGUGGUUCUCCGCUCAUUCAUAUGUGGAUUGGAGACCAAACUGCUUGAUAUUAUUUAUAAUAUAUUCAGAAACUGAAUAGAAGUUUAAAAAAUCUUUUUUUUUAAUUUUAGAUGUUGGCAACUUCUCAGUCUGCUGAUGUUUUGUUCAAAUACUUUUCCACUAAUCUGAAACAUGUUACAGGUUUAGAAAUGUUAAUUGUUUGACUUGGAGUCAUGUAAAUUUCUGUAAUACUUUAAUAAAAUAUUAAUAAUUUGGA